GCACUGUGGCCAAUGACGUCUUGUGACUUCCGGUUCUCCUGCGCGUGGCCCCUCCUCCUCCGGCUCGUGGUGAAACAUGGCGCAGGGACAGCGCAAGUUCCAGGCGCAGAAACCUAAAAGCAAGGCAGCAGCUGCGGCGGACCGGAGCCGAGGGCCGAGGAAAGGCGGUCGGGUCAUCGCUCCCAAGAAGGCGCGCGUCGUGCAGCAGCAAAAGUUGAAGAAGAGCCUGGAAGUGGGGAUCCGGAAGAAGAUUGAGCAUGAUGUGGUGAUGAAAGCCAACUCCAGCCUGCCUAAGAAGCUCGCACUGCUGAAGGGUGCAUCAAAGAAGACAGGGGCCGCCACGCCCAGCAAGACACCAUCCUAAAGGCACUGAGACUUUACAGGUGACCCCACAGGCUGGCCAAUUUGAAGAGGACCAGUCCUGAUGGCACCUGGGACAGCAAUGGGCAAGUGAUGAUAAAGCCUGAGGCCAGCUCCACUGGGUACUGAAAAGGCACUCAGCUUUCUGUAGGCUUAGGGUCUGUCUUUACUGGGGUGACACAGUGUGAUGAACCUGGCCCUGAUGUCCCUCCAGCUCUCAAGCAGCUCAGUGGGGAGGCUGUUUUGGGGCUCAGUGAGCCUCACUGGUCUCCACAAGAAAUUUCUCCCACCCACGAAGUGCCCUUGACAGCCACAGACCCAAGAAAAGGCAAUGUCAUCAGUCAAUAGCAGAAGCUGGCCGAUACAGGUAAUCUCAUCCCUGGGCCUGGGUGGCCCUGGCCCCCCCCAGGCCACCCCCUCCAGUCACCUAGUGUCAGUGGUCCCUGUCCUACCUGAAGAAGGUUUCCAUAUCUUCAGUGCAGCACCAUCUCAUUCUGUCACACUAGUGAUCCAGAGCCACUUGGAGAUGGCCAGUGUUACACAAUAAAGCUGUGCUCACAG